UUGUGCUCGUGCGUUAUUCGUCGGCUCGCUCGGUGUCGAGAAUCACACUUGGAAAGAGAAUAUAUUGAGAACGGUGCAGCAAUGUCAUCAGGCACAUCUCCAGUUCAACACCGCCCUCAUGUGUCAUCACCAUUUUUGUAUCAACUGUCAGCGGGUGAGAGGGAGUUGGACAUUGUGAUGCUUGAUCAUGGAUAUGCUAGGCCUUGGAGUACACACCCUGACGCCAGUCAUGCCAAGCCAGCCAAGUGGCUAUUUGUGCCUCGCACACUACGUCUUAGAAACGAUAGGACAAUAAUAGAAUCAGAUACGAAUGUUGAUGUGGUAAAGCUUGUGGCACCAAACCCAACAGCUUAUGAUGUCGUAAAGGCACGAUCAGUCAUGAACGAAUGUGAUCGACACGUCAACUUUGCACGUGCCGGAAUGCAGCAACCAAUUACUGAUGAAAAUUGGGAGGAAAAACUUAAUAGAACUGGUUGGACAUCAGGACAAAACAAAUUGUUUAAUAAAAUAAUCAAAAUUCUGUCAGGAGAUCGACUUGCAAGAUUGGCAUAUGAAGGGACACCUAAUGAACCGGUUAUGAGAAGAAUCCACCUGGAUAAGUGCGCCAAAAGAUUUAGACAGACAAUGUCUGCUAUCGUUUGGGACACAAAGACUACAACAUGGCUUCACUCAGUGUUGGUCAAUAACCUCAGCUUGACCUUACUGACCAUCUACCUGGACGUGCUGCAGACUUUGAAGUGUAAAGUGCCUUCUUUGAUUGACAAGAUGAUUCAUUUCUCAUCUACUUUGCACCGUGGGUCAGGAACUACUGUUGAAGCACUAAACUUGCUCCUCAAGAGACCAUGGGACCCUGCCAUCAGCACCCUAAAUCAGCAUAAACCAAAAAAACUGCCCAAUGCUCCAUUACUUUUACUGACACCCAGCAGUGCCCAGCAUCAGUCCCACUCUCAAUCUCGCCGCAUGAAAUUCUGGCAGUCCCAGUUAUCCAACAUGGGCAAGGUGGUACCUAUCACUAUGCAUGUGUCAAGCGGUGGGUCCGGUGUCACACUCAGUCAGUGUCUGGAACAUAUGAUUGGUGCUGUCAAGUCAAAGGUGCUUGAGCUUAAAAGUCAAUAUCCUAAUAGACCAAUUAUCCUGAUUGGAUGGAAUAUUGGGGCUCUUGUUGCCUGUCAGGUUGCUUUGACGGACAGUUUAUCUGGUGUUGUAUGCCUCGGCUUUCCAUCAAUGGGCAUCAGCGGAAUUCGAGGGUCAGUGGAGGACCCUUUGUUAGACAGUAAGGUUCCCACCCUCUUUGUGAUUGGCCAAGAUUCCAGCGUCGCGAAUCAAGAUGAUAUUGAGGAUCUACGUGAGCGUAUGAAGGCUGAGACGGGUUUGGUUGUGAUCGGUGGAGCAGACGAGUACCUGAGGAUGAAUCGAACAAAGAAGAAACUGGAAGGUUUAACUCAGAGUAUGGUGGACAGGUGUAUACAGGAUGAAAUGUUUGAAUUUUUGCAUGCAGUAUUAACAUCCAAUCCAUGUCCCACAACGACAGUUAAGUCACCUGCUGUGAGUGAAUCAAACAAGAAGAAGGACAAGAAGAAAAAAGUUCAGCGAGACUUGCUGGGGGAAUUGAGAGGAAAGCAGUCUUCAACACCAAGUAGCAGUAGGCACACCAUUCACCCAUCAGCUCUUGGAGACAGUUUUGGACGACUCCCGGGGACUCCAAAGUCAGUGAAACUUCCAAAAGAGAAGAUUCCAAUUUUGACGCAACAAGAGAUUUUUGCUGCACAGUAUGCACAAUUCUUGGCCAGUACACGCAAGAAAAAAGAAGAUGGGAAGGCAAAGGCUAGCAUUAAAAGAAAGAGCAAGUCUUCAGAGUCAAGCAGCAGUAAAGCCAAGCAAGCCAAAGUAACAGAACCAUCUCACAAAGAACCGACAGCUCCACCAAAACCUCAUAGUGUCAACAUCUCUACUCUGGGUAUCACUCAGAGUGUUACCCUGACAACAGGUACAUCAACAAAGAAACUUGGACAUCUGCAGCCAAUGGGGGCACUAAAUACACAGAAUACUCACAGUAGUAUCUUGCAAGGACUUAGUUAUAACCUACAGAACAGGGGCUUGGCUAGUCCAACUGAAACUGGAGUACUGGAGGGCAUCCUCGCAAGUAGCUCUCCAUUGUCUCCCUUACAGCCACCAUUAACUCCUUCUAAGACGUCACAGGGAAUCGCUCCUUCUCCAGCAUUGCCACCAUUUACAACUGGUGCUUCAGGACUUCUUCUGGCGGCAGCUUCAACAUCCACAACAGCUGGAAGCAUAUUGAUGACGAAAAUGCCAAAUGCAGUUACUUCAGCCAUAAAAACAGAACCUCCGCAAAGUGUGAUGCAACUGAAAUCAGCCAAAGUGUCAUCUGAAGUUGCUCUGCAGGCACUGAUUGCUGCACAAGCACAACCAACUGCCAUUCUUUCCCCUGUGAGAGGUGCAAAUGGAACACAAACGAGCAAGGUAACGCAUGAUAAUUAUGACGCACACAUUCAAGCAAUUCAGAAACUUCAGUUUCACGACUUUCCUUUAACAACUGCUUCUCUACCAGCCAACAAAGGAACAUUGUCUUUUACACAAGCUAAGAUUCUCUCAAAUAUACAACCACAAGAAAGUUUUACAAUGAGCUGUGCGGAAUCCACAUCCAGUACCACCACUUCAAUGGCGCCCUCUAUCACAACAAAUUCCACAACAUUAACAUCAGCCUUACCAUCGUACUCAAUUCCAUUGACUUCUUCUGCCAUGAAGCAACUUGAUGCAAAUUCUGUCGUUGCCACAGCACCAACAGCAGCACCAUUGUUGACAUCAACUGAAAGAGCUGUGACAAAGAGUGAAGCAACAGCUCUUCGGAUAGCUCUUGCAUCCCAGCCAACAAACAUUUCAUCAUUAGCAGACCAGUUAUUGUCCACCAACAGCAGUACCCUGAAUCUUGAUUCCCAUACUAUGUCACUUCUAACACAGUUGCCUUCCUUGAUGGCAGAUGAUGUUGAGGAGACUCCCGAACAGGAAGAGGCAAAGCUUCCAGAAGCAAGUGAUGAUAACACCAGCAGUAAGGUGAAGUCACCAACUGAGUCCUCAGACUCUAGUUCCCAAGAUUCAUCUAGUCUUCCAUCAGUCUCUCUGUUCACUGCAACUAGAACAAGGCGUGUUAGGGCCCCCAAGUCAUUCUCUGAUUAUACCGAGUAGGUAUGUUUUGACUUGCAAUCUCACAUUUCUGUUAUAGAACAAUACAAUCUGCACAAUAUACCAUAUAAUUAGUAUUUGAUGUACAUCUAUACAAAGUUAACGAUAUAGUUUUAAUAAUUGCAAUGAAAUAUAAAAGAAUUAAAGGUUGCACACAUCUUUUAGUGUUAUAAAUCAAUUUAAAGCCGGGCAUGCACUUUGUCGACUAUCAUCAACUGGUCUAAUAUAAAAUACGAAUUGACAAGGUGCGCGCAACGGAUUAUUUUUGAAGGAUGAUCAUCUCAGACUACCACUGUUAAUUAGCCGACAGAGUCGCAUCGUCAAACUGCAGAGAGCAGAGAUAAACUUACUGAUGUAGAUUCCGCCCAUCUUUUUAAAGUGAUACUUCAAGCAGUUGUUAACAUAUUUAUUUUAAUUUUAAUGACAUUUUCUGAUAUGAAUGCCACCAUUGGAGUGGCUACGACAAUAAUGUCUAUCACCAGAAUUUAAUGAAGUGUUGAAUUCCAGAGCACUUUAUGUUUACAACCGGCAGAAAUGAAGCAGACUUCACGUCGCUAGAGAGCGUGCAUGACAUGUAGCGAUCAUCCUGUUAGUGUACGAUUGUUACUGUAUUGGUAAUCAUAUACUGUAAUAUUAAUAAAACUACUUGAUACACUGUA